GUGCCUACCACCAUAUAGCGAAAAUCGAAAUCCACUAAUGGUUGACGCGACGACCGCCGAAAAUGAGGGCGAAAUCACCGUCCCGCCAACUGUUCCCGUCCGGUUCUAUCGUCUGGUGGCACCGAAAGGUACGCCCGUGGUGAACGAUGCUAGCGUCCAGCCGUAUCUCGAAUACGACGACACCCGGUUGUUUCUGCCGAUCCGGCCACAAGGGGCGACAAGUGCGAAGGAUGUUGUAGAGGGGAAUGCGAUAAGUCCGGAGUUGGAAACAGUUGUGGACAAAGAGGACACGACCUUGG